AUGUCAGAAACUUCUUUUGGUGUGGUGUCAUUUACAAUCAUAUUAAUUUUGUUCAUUUAUGCUAUUGCAGGAUCAUAUUUUGAGCACAAACAUGAGAUUCACUUUAUACAUGAGACAGGAUUGGGCAUUAUUUUAGGGGUUGUGGCUGGAGGGUUGUUUACAUUGAUUUACAGAGGAACAUUGUAUUAUAUUUACGAAUUUAAUGAAUCCUUCUUUUUCUACAUUUUGUUACCAAUAAUCAUUUUUGCAGGAGGAUACAAUUUAAAUAAAAGAAGAUUCUUUCAAAAUUUUCUAUAUAUUAAUUUAUUUGGAUUGUUGGGUACAUUAUUGACUUUCCUACUGAUAGUAUGCUUCACAUUUUUGAUUAGUGAUGGAGAUUUGAUUCAAAUUUGGGGAGGUGAUACUACGAUUAAAUUGAAAACUGAAUAAAUAAUGAUAUUUGCAGCUACAAUCUGUGCUACUGAUUCCGUGGCAGCAUUGACGAUGAUCAAACCCAAUAAAUACCCAAAACUGUUUAGUGUAGUAUUCGGAGAGGGCAUGGUCAAUGAUGCUGUGUCUAUCAUUCUAUAUAUUUCUGUAGAUUUGUUAUCUGGUAAACACGAUACAAUCUUUACAGUCUCUUUGGAGUUUUGCAUCCUGUUCAUAUUGGAAUUCUUUUGCAGUCUUGUAGUCGGAUUACUCUUUGGAGUAUUGGCUUCCAUACUCUUCAAAUAUCUUAGAUUCAUCACCGAAUCUGUAAUUUUAGAAAUGGCUAUUAUAAUUUACAUCGCCUAUGGUAGUUUCACAAUGUGCGAACUAUUGGGACUGAGUGGGGUGCUAUCAGUGUUAGCAACUGGAGCUCUGAUGGCUUAUUAUAACAUUUACAAUUUGUCCAGUUUGGGCUAGGUUGCAUCCAAAAUUACAGUCUCAACACUCUCUUUAAUAUGCGAGGCAUUUAUAUACAUCUAUUUGGGAUUGUCAAUGUGGAUAUUGUCAGGAUAUCAGAAUUCAGAUGAUUAGAUUGAAAAGCCAAAAUGCAGUUGGACAUUCCUGGUGCUAGAACUAUUGAUAUGCUUUUUCUCAAGAGGAGUAUCCAUGGCCAUAUUAUCAGGGAUGGCCUACUUGAUUAAGGGGAAGGAGAAAUUCAAACUAUCUCUGUAAGAAUUGAAUAUCAUUUGGUUUGCUGGAUUGAUUAGAGGUUCCGUUGCAUAUGCCUUAAUUACAAAAUUAUAGAUCUCAAAUCCUGAAGAUCUAAAUGAAAGAUAUUAAGUUGAAGUCAUAAAAACAACUGUCUUAUUUAUGGUUAUCAUUACUACAAUUCUACUUGGAGCAAUGAUGCCCUUCUAUAUUAAUUUAAACCUGAAAAGGAAAGUAGAGGAUGUCAAUAGUAGGUUGCUAUAAAACAAUGAAUUUGAAAGUGGGUAUCGAAGAUAAAUUUAAAAUAAUUUUAAGUAUCUUGAUGAUCAUUACUUUAAAUAUUGGAUGAUUUUUAAUUACUAAAAUAGAAAAUCAGAAAUUCUAAAACAACAACAAGAAAAACAAUAGGAUGAAGAAAACCACAACAAGAUCGGUCUAAUUUCUUAAUUCUAAUCCAAGUUUACUGGAAAUUAGAACAUUGUAUUCUACGUUGAAGCAAAUAAAAGUAUCCCUGCACACACAGAAUCGUUGAUCGAAGGAAUAGAUGACUUAGAAGAAAACGAUUAAUCAGAUUAACCAAAUUUGAUGACUCACAUAUCCUAAAAUUAUAAUGAUCUAUGAAUGCAUCAUAUUUUUAAAUAUUUUUCUA